CCGUUAGUUCUAGAACCAUUGCAAGUCCAAUCAAACGCAUCGUACCCACAUACAAUGCGUUUCACGCAUGCGCAAAAAUUUCUCUCCCAUCAUCGCCACCAUUCCCUUGUUCAUCUACGGAUCGUUCAUUUUGCUCUUGACCUUCGUGUGGGUUGUGUCGUUGUGCAGUCGUCUGACGAAGAAAAAGAAUGGGAUUUGUAGAACUAACCCGCUAACGAACAUCGGAGAGUGUCUGUUAACUAUUAGACGAUGCCACACAAGUGAUUCUGGUUCUGGUUCAAUAAAUGGUUCUGAGCAGAGCUGUCCUAUGCCAGUCAACGGUUACGAAAGUAAAAGAAAAACGGACAACGCGUAUGCAGUUCACACGAUCAAAAAUAUGCAUAGUAGCAGGAACCACAUCCAACCGUCACGAAGGCGAACAAAAGACUCCACACAAGUGGCACUGACAUAAAAUCUGUAUACCAUUGUGUAAACGCCUCUUUCAAACGAAAAUGGAAAAAAUUGAAUAUCGUGCAGUGAUUAAAUUCUUUGUUUUGGAUGGUUUGACACCAACAGAAAUUCAUCCGAAAUUGUUAAAAGUGUAUAAGGAUGCAUCACCUUCACUUUCCACUGUGAAAAAAUGGCCGCUCUUUUUAAAUCUGGUCGUACAAGCCUCAAAAAUGAUCCACGCGAAGGUCGUUCAAAAACUGCUAUAA